AUGGAUCUGAGUAACCUCAAAGCCAACGAUGGUGCUCCCGACGUCAAUAUGACUGAUCAUAGCAUGAUGGAUUUGACUUCACCAGACCAUUCAACUCCCAAAAAAACUUUCAUCGAUCUAGAUGUUUACGAAUCUCCCAUUUCGACGGGUGGAGCUGGUACCGCUACCAAUCCGCUUUCUAUCGACGAGGACAGUGAUGAUGAUUGUAUCAUUAUUAGUAGCAAAACUCAAGGGACCUGGUCGCUCCAUUUCGGUCGAGAAAUCUAUCGCCAUAUAUGAGGAAGAUAAUGCCAGUCGUGAUUUCAUCAAAUCAGAGAAACCUACUAAGACUGAGGAUGAUGAGCCCAACACAUUCCAAGUUCGACCUGCUGAUUUGCACAAAAUUAUCAAGCCCGAUGAAAGCGACUCCGAGCCUCCAAAGUUUCGCAUCCAGCCUGAAUUCGAUGAUAUUGGUCCUGAGAAUGCUCAAUCCCCCCCCAAACCACAAAACCACAAAACCACAAAGUCUGAAGAUAGUGACUCCGAGCCUCCCAAGCUGUAUAGAUCGCCAGAAGUUGUUGGCCCGAGUCCUGGGAAUUAUGGAUCCCCAAUCCUCAAGCAGCCAAAGGUUGAGAUGGAAGAGACCAAACCUUCUGAGCUCCCGAAAAUGGUUUCAUCACAUAAUGAUAAGAAGCGCAAACGACCUUUGUUCAAGUCCUCCAAGACUGGUAGAAAACGCCAAACCAAGAAGCAAAAGGCCGAGAAAGACCGACUAGACCUUCUCAGUGGACUAACUAGAAGUACGCUUCUGUCGAGGCAACCGCGGGCUAGGAAUGAACCACUCCCGGAGUUCAUGGCAAAGAAUCGAAAAGACAAGUUCGAUAAUCUUCUGUCAAACUUGCCGCUCGCUGCGAAUCGAAGUAAUGCCUUGAAAGACAAGAGAGACCUGAAUGCUGCAGCAAAAUCCUUGGGUGGCCAACACACACAAGAUAGGCGUCGUCGGUGAUAAAUGGGAAUUGAAGGGCAUGAAAAGCCGUGAGCAUUUGAGUUCUUUUGAUCUCCAAACUAACCCUCCGAUAUUAUGCUGAUGUUUUUAGAUCUGUACGAUUACCAGGUGAUGGUCGCUGGACAGAUGGUGAACAUGGAGAAGCGUAACGACAAAUUGCAAACCUCUGGUGGCAUUCUGGCCGAUGAAGUGGUGAACUAUAACAGUUUCGCAUGAUUUUUAGAAACGCUAACAAAUCUGAUUAGGGUCUUGGAAAAACGGUGGAGAUAUUGGCAGUGAGAAUAAAUCAUUCGGGUUAAGGAUUAUCCACGCUGAUAAUCAAAUAUAGGUAUUUAUUGCACAUCCCCCAGGCAAGGAAGACUCUCGAACAUCAUUGGUAAUUGCCCCGAAAGCAGUGGUAAGUUCAAAUUUCUGAUGUCGAGAAAGUCAGGCUUACAGAACUGUGAAAGAUAUCUCAAUGGGAAGGUGAAAUUAGGAAACACUCGGAAAGCCUCACGGUAAAAAUUUACGACCACACGUCCAAAUUUUCUGUACAUGAGAUGAAGUGUCUUUACUCUGACUACGACAUCAUUCUUGCUACUCCGGACCAGGUUGCGCGGAGUAUGCCACCACUCAAGUUGAAGAAGGAUGGCGAAAUGUCAGAUGAGGAAUGGCUAGUUUCUAAUCUAGACAAGGGCCGCGUUCUACACCAGAUGGAUUGGUAUAGGGUAUGGCUCUUACCAAAUAUCCAAAUUUCGAUUUGCUGAACUUUUUUCUAGGUUGUAAUAGAUGAAGUCGUAAGGCUGCCGAUCCUAUCAGCAUUUUAUCGUGACUAUCUUGGGGAAGCAAUGCAUGAGAAACUACAAAUCUAAACGAAGUUUGGCAGCGUUUGCAUUGAAGGCAAGGCAUCGAUGGGCUUUGAGCGGGGUAAGCUUUGAAACUCUGGGGGUAUAAUGAUUAUUCUGACAUAGCGUUUCCAGACACCAGUAGACAACGGUCUUUUCGGUAUGUGGAUGCAUACGAAACAUUCGAGUUUGGCUGACAUGCUUAGAAUUUUACGCACUUAUGAGGUUCUUGAGACAUCCAUCUGCUGCAUUAAGCCAACCAGCGUAAGUCCAUGACCAAAAAAAGGAAUCACCACAAGUAUAAAUCUGAUUCGACAAUAGGUGGGUGGCACGCUUUGCGAGUUUAACAGAUGUAAGUCUAAUUUUUCCCACAAAAGACUUGACUGGCUGAUGACCUAUUGAAGAUCGCGAAUGGGCGCCUGGCAAAGAUACUUUCAGAAACAAUGCAACGGUAUACUCGAUUUCUCUUCUAUUCUCAAUGUACUGACUAAUAUUUUGCAGUCUCACAGGCGAAACUCUCUUGUUCGGCCGCCCUCUCCUAAAUCUACCAGAGCAUACGAUAAAAACAGAGAGACUUCAUUUGCUACCAGAUGAGGAAAUGCUUUACCAAGCUGUUGAGGCCCGUCUGCGAGGUCUUGUCAACGCCCAGUUGGGACCUGGCCACCCAGCCAAAAGUAUCCAAAAUAUUCGCGUGCAAUUGACACGCCUCCGGCAAUUAGUAUCUCAGCCUCUCAACAUAGAGGAAGAGAUCAAAGUAAGAUUAUCUUAUAUUGAACUCCAUCGGUCGCUAACACUCCAACAGUCGAUUCUCGGAAGACCUGAUUUAGAAAACAUUCGGGAACGAUUGCUGAACUUGGAGAUUGACGAAGAACAGAAUGGAGGAAGGUUUAUGGGUAAAGGGAUGAUUCAGAGUAAGUCAUAUAAAGGCGGAAUCUCAGCUAUUGAUCUUUCCGUAAUGACAUAACCUAGGAAUUGAUGGGUGAAUUCGAGAAAAGAUUGCAGAAGAAGCCAAAGCUGCGGAUGGCAUUGAGGCUGAAACGAAAGAAAACUUGUUGUGUGAUUAUUGCGCAGGCGUUGCAAUUGACCCACACGUCAUCAACGUCCUAGAAUGCCAACACAUCUUUUGCAAGGUUUGUAUAGACAUACACAUAGAAGAACAGAAAGACGAGGAUGAAGUAAGUUGCUUCAACAGUUAUGAUAAUUCCCGACUAAUGUUCCGCCAGGAGGCACCUCAUCGUUGCCCUAUAGAGAAUUGUUAGGAAAGCUUUGAACCCCGCAAGGAUCUCAAGAUAUGGGUAACCAAGAACGUUCCAACGAAAGCUGCAAAGUUCCGCAAGGGAAGAGACAAUUAUGGCCUUCACCCAAUCAUUUCGAACUCGAAAUGGAUGGAGGACUAUGACAAAGGAAUUAUACCUCUUUUCAUGGGCGCAAAAAUGAAGUUCGUUGAGAGCACUAUUGAUGCUUGGCUUAAGGAAGCACCCGAGUCAAGUUCAUAAUCUUUGCUCAGUUUCAGCCAAAUCUCGCUACCAUUGGACGCAUGCUUCAAGAAAAAGGGGUAAAGUUUGUCUACUUCAUGGUAUGUUCUCCAUCACAGUUAUUCUGGUGAUCGCUAAUCAAUUACAGGGCAGCAUGAGCGAGGGACAGCGUGGAUAUGCCAUCGAAAAGUUCCAAAGUAAGCCCCAAAUCAAGGUCAUGGUGAGCAGCUUGCGCUGUGGAGGAACAGGCCUGAAUCUUGCUUUUGAAAGUCGCGUAAUUAUGGUGUAAGGAGAACUUUCCCGCACUUUCUAGAACAGUACUGAUAAAUUAUUGCAGCGAUCUUUGGUGGAAUACAGCUCUGUAUGUCUCCCCUAACAUUGCCUCUUAUUGCGAUUUGAAGCUGAACCAAUGUAGCGAGGACCAAGCAUUUGGUCGUAUCUACCGUGUGACCCAAACGAGACCCACGUACUUUAUCCGCGGCGUCAUUGAAAACACCGUUGAUUCAAGACUUCACGAGAGUAUGUUCUAUCGAUUCCUUGCAUGAAGAUACAGGCUCACUCUCAAUAGUACAGCUUAAAAAGAAGGCGGAGAUUAACCCUUCUAUGAAGGAUACGAAUACUUACAACAACCUUGCUGGCCUACUUGGGGAUGUGUUCUUGGUGAGUUCAAAGACUAUAGAUAUUGGUCUUCUGCUCUUACUAAUGGUUUACGGUAGAUGAGGACGGGAAUAUUGAAAGAAUUGAUGCUCCGAAAAACGAGGGCAAUGUUUGGGAGAGACAAGGAAGCAUGGAGGAGGAGGAAGAUCCAGACUCUGAUUACGACUCUUAUGACGCCUGAUUUCUGA